CAUCCCUUCAGCCAGUGUAGGGCUAUCGCUCCUCCCACACAGCUUGCCACGCUACCUGCUCAGCGCUCUGCCAGCGAGUCACCGACGCCCCAGCCUUCCCAGGUUCCCAGCCUUCUCCCCCGGCACAGUCUCACACAGGGGAAGCGGGGGAACCUGCCUCAGUCAAUCAGGAUGCAGACACGUGUAACAGAGGGCCGGCCAGUACGGCCUUUGCUUAAUCAUUCCCCAGACAGCAGCAGCAGCAAGGCUAUAGAAUACAGAGGAAAUGUGGAGGUGCCCAAACUCAUCUGUUGACUUCACAAAGGAGAAAUGACAACAUAGAGCUAAAGGGAACCCGUACAUCCACCAGGGCUUCCUUUGUGUUAUACUGAUGCUGGAUUCAUGGAAAUCAUCCCACUCCAUAUCUGGUGAUGGCUCUUUCACUAGAGGCCUAUGAACAGGACGGCGAUGAACUCAUUUCCGAAGAGAAAAGCUGUUGCCUCGAUGUUACAGACUCAAGUGAUGUGGAAGGAGAUGAACUUAAUGACUUGGAACUAAAUCCAUUUGAUGGUUUGCCUUACUCAUCUCGUUUUUACAAACUCUUAAAAGAAAGAGAAGAUCUUCCCAUAUGGAAAGCCAAAUAUGACUUUUUGGAGCGAUUAUCUAACAGCCAAGUUGUGGUUGUGUCGGCGGGACCUAAGAGCGGAAAGAGUUCACAAAUUCCUCAAUGGUGCGCAGAAUACUGCUUAGCAGGGCACUAUCAACAUGGGGCAGUUGUGUGUACGCAGGCGCACAAGCAGACGGCAGUAUGGCUGGCCAUGAGAGUGGCAGACGAAAUGGAUGUCAAUAUAGGACAUGAAGUUGGCUAUAUUGUGCCGUUCGAAAACUGCUGUACAAGCGAGACAAUUUUUAAGGUAUUGCACGGACGAGAUGUUGCUGAGGGAAAUGAUGUCCAGCCCCCUUCUGUCCAGUUAUGGAGUCGUCAUUAUCGAUGAUGUCUAUGAAAGAUCAGUUUCUACUGAUGUGCUGCUCAGUUGCCUUAAGGUCAUUGCAGUCUCAAGACCUGAACUGAAAGUUGUGAUAAUUACCUGCCCUGCUCUGUCUGGGACCUUGGUUUCUUAUUAUGGAAAUGCUCCACUUGUAGAAACAGAAAACAUGCACUCUGUAGAGUCGGUUUACACCACAAGCAUUCCAAGAGACUACUUCCACUCAACUUUACGACUUCUCUUUGAAAUACAUCAUACUAAAGAACAAGGGGACAUUGUUGUCUUUCUGGCCUGUGAAGAAGAGAUAAAAAGGGCAUAUGAGCAUAUCAAACAGGAAGCAUUGCACAUGAAUCCAGAAUUGGGUGAACUGGUACCCAUUGCUUUGUACCCCAAUCAAAGCAUUUCAGACUACAUACCUUAUGAGGAACUGGAUGACAACAGCAAAAGCCCAAAAAGAAAAGUGGUAUUGACGACCAGCCUUGGCGAGUCUCUCAUCUGGAUGAAAAAUAUCCUCUUUGUCAUUGAUGUUGGUAUAGAGAGGAGGAAGGUAUAUAAUACCAGAAUCCGCGCAGAAUCACAUGUCACGCAACCAAUAAGUAAGGUCCGGGCUGAGAUGAGGAAGCAUAUACUGAGCUCAUAUUCUAAAGGAAAACUAUUUUGCUUGUACCCCGAGGACUUUGCACAUGAGAUGAAACCAUUCCUGACUGCAAAAGUGGAAGAGUGCAAUUUGAUUUCAAUGGUUCUGUUUCUGAAGAGAAUGGACAUUGCGGGGCUCGCUCACUGUGACUUCAUCAACAGACCAGACCCUGAAAGUUUAAUGCAAGCACUGGAAGAUCUGGAUUAUUUGGCAGCACUUGACAAUGAUGGAAAUCUUUCUGAAUUUGGAAUAAUUAUGUCUGAGUUUCCACUCGAUCCACAGCUGUCAAAAUCCAUUUUAGCUGCCUGCGAAUUCGACUGCGUGGAUGAAAUGCUCACACUGGCUGCUAUGGUUACAGCCCCGAAUUGUUUUAUCGAUUCAUCCCCUGAAGCCGAAGAGCUGAUUUUAAUUCGUAAAGGAAAGUUUUCUCAUCCAGAGGGGGACCACUUCACUCUUAUAAAUAUCUACAAUGAAUAUGAGCAGAUGAAGAGAAGCAAUGCUAGCCAGUACGAUGUUGAAAAAUGGUGUCAGGAUCACUGCCUAAGUUUCCUGGCAAUGGAGAUGGCGCGUGCCAUAAGAAAUGAGCUCGCUGACAUUAUGAGGCGCAUAGAGCUUCCACUGACAGCGCCUGCAUUUGGCUCUGAGGAGAAUGUAAUAAACAUUAAAAAGUCACUUUUGUCAGGAUACUUCAUGCAAAUUGCUCGUGAUGUUGAUGGUUUGGGAAACUACAUUAUGCUGACACACAAGCAGGUGGGACAACUCCAUCCUGAUUCUGGCUUCAACGGCGCCAAGGUUCCAGAAUGGGUUCUCUACCACGAAUUUAGCGUCUCUGAGAGAAGCUGCAUCAGGAUAGUCUCAGAGAUCUCACCAAACAUGUUCAUGGAGUUCGUUCCCCCGUACUACUUCAGCAACCUGCCCCCUAGUGAGACUAAAGAGCUCCUGCAGCAGCACCAGACUGUGCCCAGUUCCCCGGCUGAAGAGCCCGGAGAAGAGGAGCCCCUACCUGAUGCCGAUGAUGAAGGUGCAACAGAACAAAGAUGCAUUAUACAAUGACCUUGGCUAAUAGAGAAAACUCCAGGAGUGCAAUACAUGUCCAAAAGGAAAGGAAAACUUUAAUGAACUGAUUUCUUUUUUUGUAAAUGUUAUAGGAAUCCGAGUAACCCUUUUCCUCCCCUCCCUGUGUCUGAUCAAAUAAAUGAUAUAGUGAA